CUCUAUGUUUUUCUCAUCUCUUUGUUUCUCUCGUCCUUUUGUUCCUCCGUCUCUCAGUGUCUCUCAUACGCGUUUUUCUGAUCUCUGUGUUCUUUAAAUGUUCUCUCGUCUCUCUUUUUCUCUUCCCUUUUAGCAUCUUUUGUCCCUGUGUUUCUCUCGUCUCGUUGUGUUUUUGUUUGUACCUACACAAUGUUAACCGUGACAUUUCUUGUGUGGACAGGCAAACUGUGCCCGUGUCUUUGGCGGAUCUGGCUGGACAGCCGGACAGUUGUCGUUCGUCUUAUGACAACCUGGUACUUCCGUCGUACGAGGAUGCAGGAGCCUCCCCACCUGAGCACGAGACACAGACCCCAAGCGGGACCUCCGAGCGGGUCGGCGAGACAGGGUGUGGACCCCCGUCAACUUGCUGCACAGCUGGAGGGGAUUCGCGAGGCUGGCUCGCCUGCUGAGAACUCGCCUAGCUCCUCCCACCCCGAUGUAGCCACGCCCUCUGUGUCCUCGCCCUGUAGUACGCCUAGGUCGGACCCGACUAGCACCUCCUCUGAUAGACAGCAGAGGCCGCCUUCUGCCUCCUCCCACGCCCCCGGAGGUGCGGACAGAGGAGAUAGGAACGUAGAUCACCACGCCCCAGACCGCCACUCCGGUAGACGGCGCCGUAGACACUCGCCCAACCCAGAGAAACCACCGCCACAGCAUCAGCAAUCCCACCACCCCCAUCGACAGCAGCACCAACAACAUCAUCACCACUCGCCCCACCACCACCAUCACCAUUCUUCCCCUCACCACAAGCAGCAGGAACCAUCGUCUCCACCCCCACCACUGGACCCACCACCACCAUCAUCGUCACAUCAGCAGCAGCAGCAGCAGCAUCGUCAACAACACCAACAGCUGCAGCAACAACAACAGCAACAACAGCAUCAGCAGCAACAACAACAACAACAUCAGCCGCACUCGCAGCAGAACCACCAGUCUGAUUUAGACUGUCUACCCCCGGAUAGAGCACCCCCUCCAAGACGAAGAACAGACAGAAGAAAACAGCAACAGCCGCAGCAGCCACCACAACAGCAACAGCAACAACAGCAGCAACAACAUCAACCGCAACAACAACUACAACAACAACAACAACAACAACAACAACAACCACAGCAACAGGAGCUGGAAUUUCCUCCUCAAUCUGCUGUGAUGGCGCCCCCGGAGAAGCCACGCCCCUCGCCGCUCUACGACCACCCAGAUGACGGCAUAUGCUCAAGCCCCGCCCUUAACGACCGGCUGAGAGCGUCGCCUCCCUUGGAUACGAGGCGUUCAAUGAAAACGCGGCCUUCCAAGAAAGGGAAAGACAAUUUUCUCUUCCCGGUUAAGUCUCAACCAGAGGUGUGUGUGUGUGUGUGUGCGUGUGUGUGUGUGUGAGUGUGAGUGUGUUUGUUGUUCAAAUAAUGACCCCAACCACCCAAGAGUGAAGGCGUGCCUUUUUGGAGGGUUAUUUUUAUGUGCAUGAUACUUGGGUGUGUGUGUGUACGUG